GGGGAGGCGAGAAGGGGUUCGCCCAGCCGGUGGCCAAGAGUGUGUUGGGGGUUAGGGCGACAGUGGGGGAGGAAUGGGAUCCGGUUGUUAGGGAGUUACUUGCCGUUGAGGGUGGUAAGGGGGAAAGAGAGGAGGGGAGGAAUGGAGAUGGGAGACAGAUCGUCAACGAUGCAGUCGUCAAGCCGGAAGGAGGUAAGCUGAUGGCGGGUCUGUCGAUCGACCCCGAGACAAGAGACAGAGUUAAACUUGCCGGCGUAAUGGCCGUUGGCACUGCGACGAAGACAACGCCCGGCGUUGCGGACUUGCAACUUGCGUUCCGCGUCGACGAGGCUUUGGGGAACUGCCCGAAAUACAUCAAUAAGAAACGCAUCUUACCCCGCGUACCCUCACCACAGCUUGUGAGCGAGGGAACCGGCGUCCCAUUGCCCCAGGCGGCGAUCAAGUUACUAGCCCAAGCAGACCUAUUUUUCAUCGCGAGCAAACAUGGCACUAAGAGCAUGGACGUGAAUAUCCGUGGCGGCCCGCCGGGAUUCAUACGUGUGCUAAGGAAUAGAGAUGAGAGCGCGGGUGGUGCUGCAUUGGUCUACCCUGAAUACUCGGGUAAUCGAUUGUACCAGACGCUGGGGAAUAUUCAUAAUGACCCAGCUGUCGGCAUCGUCGUCCCGGACUUCGAAACAGGCGACGUGUUAUACCUAACGGGAAACGCGGCGAUCCUGGUUGGCGAAGUAGCGGCUGUGGUGAUGCCGCAUGCGAAGUUAGCUAUACGUGUUGAGGUUGUAGAAGCUCGGUUUGUGCGAGAGGGUCUCUCGUUCAGGGGCGAGGUUAUCGACUACUCGCCGUAUAAUCCGGCCGUCCGGCGAUUGGCAUGCGAGAAGGGAUCUAAUGAUCCUACGGCGGAUUCAAGCAGUGACACUACUACAACUACAGCGAGGCUGGUCACUCGGGAGAGGCUUACACCGACGAUAUCAAGAUACGUUUUUAAGCUUACUACUACCUCAGGGGCAAAGGAUAAUACGAGAAAGCGGUUGAAAGCAUGGCAUCCCGGACAGCACGUCACGUUGGACUUCAGCGGGGAGCUAGAUAUGGGAUACUCGCACAUGCGGGACGAGGACCCGCAAAGUCUGAACGACGACUUCGUGCGCACGUUCACGGUUAGUAGGCCCGUAGACGCUGGGAUCGUGGACGAAGAGGGGUAUAUAAAGGAGGAUAAUACGGAACCGGAGCUUGAGAUCACGGUUAGGAGACACGGUCCGGCGACGGCGUUGCUGGAGCGCUGGAACGUAAGGGUCCCGCUUGAGAUCCCGGUGCUGGGAUUCGGCGGCGCGGAAGGAUUUAGAUUACCGACGGGGAACGGUGAAGGGGGUGGUGGAAAUACUACAAGCGUGUUCGUUGCUGCGGGCGUGGGAAUCACGCCGUUGAUGGCGCAGGGUGCUAGUGUCCUGAAAGCUACGGGAGCAGUCGGAAACGAACUCAAGCUGCUCUGGAGCAUGAAAGGCGAAGACGUGCCUCUAGCAGCAGCCGUGCUGGAGAAGAUAAGCGGCCUCGGACGCGCGGCUAAGCUCUUCGUCACGGGGAAGAUAGGCGAGAGGGAGCGGGCUGUUAUAUCUACGAUAAUACGGGGGCUUGGCGCGGAAGUGGUUGAACGGAGGGUGGGAGCUGGUGACGUGUUGGCGGAGGGCGAGAAAGGAAAGAGGAAGUAUUAUUUAUGCGCGGGCCCGGAGAUGACUAGGGAGUUAUUGAAGUGGACGGAGGGCGAGGAGGUGGUUUAUGAAAGCUUUGAGUAUUAAGGGGAAGUUUGUGGGUUGGUAUAAGGGUUGAUGGGAUAUAUGACUGAAAUAUAUACAACGAAGGCUUGGUAGUAUUAACCCCUCGGCUCUAGUUAUUAGUUAAUGACCACGAUAUAUAUGCUAUGGUUUGAAGUAGGGAC